UAGGAGCGAAAACAGUUCGAAGGAUACACGCCCCCCUGUCAAGCUAGCGGCGCCUUAACAUAUCUUGAAACAAACGGGACCCGUUUGUGGAAAGAUACCGAUUGGGCACCGUAUGAAGGAGCGGAGUGUUAGUGAAGCCUCUUGGCUGACUUGUCAUCAGUCGCCGUUUUGUUGAUGCUCGGCAGCGGUUUUCCGCGCGCAUGCAACAGAAUGGCGCGAGCACCUCCAACGGCUCGGGCGUCGGCGGCGGAGAGCGAGAGUCUCCGUCCCGAAGCCCCCUGCUACCAGCGGCGACGACUCGGGUGAGACGGUUCAUCCAGGAGCGGCGCACCUUGCCGCUGCCCAAAGUCAUGGUGGUCUUCUCGGCCGUGGGUGACGCCGAGAAAGCCAGCGAUGCCAUGGCCGACGAUGACUCGCGGAAGCCAGCCUCCCCGGCCGUGGCGGCGACGGCAGCGGCGAACGUCUGCCGGGGCAAGCCGUCACGCUACCCGCUGGACGCCAGACAGGAGCAGGAGUUUCCCGAGGUGAUCUCUCUGAACGUGGGGGGCUCCCACUUCACCACCCGUCUGUCCACGCUGCGCCGCUACGACGACACCAUGCUGGCCGCCAUGUUCAGCGGGCGCCACCAGAUCCCGCGCGACGCCGACGGACGCUUCUUCAUCGACCGCGACGGCGCCUACUUUGGGGACAUCCUGAACUUCCUGCGUGAGGGCGAGCUGCCCCAGCGCGAGCGCGUCAGGGCGGUGCACCGCGAGGCGCAGUACUACUCCAUCGCACCCCUGCUGGAGCGCCUGGAGGACACGCAGCCGCUCACCGGAGAGAAAGUGCGACAGGCCUUUCUCGACCUGCUGCCCUACUACAAAGACAAUCUGGAGCGCAUCGUGGAGAUCGCCAAGCUGCGCGCCACGCAGAAGAAGGCGCGCUUCGCCAAGCUGAAGGUGUGCGUCUACAAGGAGGAGAUGCCCAUCACGCCGUACGAGCGUCCGCUCUUCAACUCGCUGCGUUCGGAGCGCGCCGAGGGCGAGGCCAAGCUCUUUGAGCACCACUGCGACGUGGACGUUUCCUUCGGGCCCUGGGAGGCGGUGGCCGACGUCUACGACCUGCUGCACUGCAUCGUGGGCGACCUGGCGCGCCGCGGCAUCGCCGCCGAGCAGCAGUGCAUCGGCGUGUGCGACAAGCACCUCAUCAACCACUACUACUGCAAGAGGCCCAUCUACGAGUUCAAGAUCACCUGGUGGUGAAAGGCGGGCCCAACCUCCCCGUUUCCGGGCCCCUUUUGGGAGCCCUCGCGUCUUUUCCGCUCACGGCCGCUAACGUUUUACCGCGUGCCGAUGGGACUCGAAAGAGUCCCUACUUUAACAUGGCUGAAAGCCGCAAAAGUCACGGUACACACACGACCAGAGCAUUUUUGCUCCCUUGCCAUCCAAGCCGUACUCAGCGUUGGCCCCGCGGUCGAGGGGGACGAGCGUGGGCUUGUUUGCAUGAGAGCGCGCCACCCGCUCAAAAGGGGCCCAUUUCUGUGAGAUUGACAAAACCAAGAUGCUGUAAUUCCAUUUGGAUGUAUAAUUUGUGGCGGGGGGGGGGGAUUAUUAUUAUUCCUUCC